AUGUUGUUUAAUGUCCUCUUACUUGCCGUGUCGGUGAUGGCCGACGCCCAGGCCGCCGUCACCGCCGCCAACGACUUUACGGUCGGCGACUUCCGCACCUAUCCCAAGGUGCCCAAGACGGCGACGUUCAACGGGUUUGCUGAUCCUAUCAUUGACAAAUUGCCUGACUGUGCCAAAGAGUGUGUCAAAGAAGACACUGGUUCGACCCCUUGUCCUUACUGGGACACGGGUUGUUUCUGUGUCAUGCCCCAGUGGGCUGGCCCUGUCAAUGAGUGCUUUGCUAAGUGCGAAAACCCCGACGACGUGAAAUUGGCGACGCUGUUGGCGUACUCGUUGUGUACCUCGGUUGGUGCGAACACGAUGAUGAUGCCUGGUACGGUGCUGGAACUUGUCCAGCUGGCAGCCAAUAGAGCCGUCAGUGGUGGCGAUGCUAAACUGACCGACGAUAAACUGGAAACCGCUUCCAAUUCAGGUAACUCGAACUCUGGCUCUAAUUCCGGGUCCGACACCGCGAGAGAGACGACCACCUCGCUGGGGCUGGAACUGAAACUGCUGGCGUCGCUGGCGUCGGCUACCGGUUCGCUGUCGUCUAAAGCUGGUGUCGCUGCCGCUGGUGUAGGUGCCGCUGGCUUAGCCGCCGCCGUGGGUUUCGUUGGUUUGUUAUUGUAA